AUGUCAGGCUCCCACAACCCGUCACCAUCAUCCAAGGACUCGUCACCGGUGCCGUCCUCGUCGCUGAUCCCUUUGACCGUCGGCAGUGGUGCGCUCGCAGCCGGAUCCUCGUCGUCGUCGUCGUCACCGUCCGUGUUGGCACUCGAACACGGUCUCGCAACUCUCCGGGCGAACCUGCAGCAGUACGAAAAGCUCCUCAUCAAGCUAGAGACCAUCACCGACGAACCCGUGUGGGAUGCGUUCGUCAGUCAGCUCAUCCUGUCUCUGUCUCUCGGCUGUCGUCCCACUUGUGGGGAACGAAAGCAAAGGCAGAGCUGACCUUUCUGUCCUUCGUUCUCCGGAUCAAGAUCCCCUUUGGUCCACUGGCCUACUUCCCCGGUCAACUAGUCCACACCAACGACAUCGCCGAACCUGUCCCGCUCGCUUCGACCUCGUCCGCGUCUGCAACCGAGUCGAGCGCUGGCGCAGGCAGCGAACCCGUCUUGCGAAGUGCGAAGCAAGCGAGAGCUUCGGCCCUGAUCAAGAAGCAAGGUUCGUCAAAGCUUGAUCGGGGGCGAGAAGAGGAAAACAACCGCUCAUCGUCUUGUGACUCUCGCAGCUCUGGAGCAGCACAUUACUGCGCUCGAAGUCGACAUCUCGGCGCAACAGGCCAAACUGGCCCGCCAGCGUGCUGCCCGAGCUGGCGGAGCAUCGCAAGAAGACAAUUGGUCCUUCAACGAACGAGGCGAAGUGAGCCCCAUUCGUGGCAGCAUCGAUCAUUGGCCUUUGAGCUGAUCAAGACACAAUACACACGCAGGUCAUCAAUGACGAAGGCCUGCCCGUAUUUGACAUUCGCGAGGAACUGCCUGCGGAAGAAAGCCUGGCCGAAGCACCGACCGCGUCCACCAAGGGCAAGGAGAAGCAAGUCGCAAAGCCGGUCCAGAUGCGAUACCUGAUCAAGAAGGGCGGUAAAAAAAUCAUACGUCAGUCCCGAGGAGCGCAACGGAUUGCCGUCGUCCCUCGCCGGCUCAACCUUUGUUUCUUCCCCUCGACCAAACAUCAGGCCCACUCAAUGCGACAACGACAACAUCUCGGCCACAAGAGUCGGUUCAAAAAUCUUCAAAAAUCACACCAACGACAGAUGUAAUCGCUUCGACCUCCAAGCUGGACAUACAGGCGAUUUUCGAUGCCCUCGAAGCCGAGCAACGUGACGAGGUGAUCGCCGAGCCAGCAUCACCCGAGCCGCCGUCUUUCGACGCGAAGUCUACUCCGAUCCCUAAGCCAGCACGGCCAUCCGACUGGGCUGCUUUACCCCGACCUUCCCCUCCGGCCGACAUGGCACCAGCACCCACGCCCGUCGCCUCGGCCUCGAAGCCGAAAAGCUUUCUCGCGGGCAAAGGCUUCUCGUCGGGUUUCCUUAACCCAAAACCGAAGCCCAAGGCCAGACCCGCACCGGGUCAGACCAAGCUCACCGACCCUACGGUACCACCAAAACGUAACUCGGAGCAAGACGUUCCUUCCCACGAACCAUUACACCAUUCGCUCGAGCCUUCAAAAUCCAUUUAUAGGCCUACCCCACCCCCGUCCGCACCGGGAACGCCCACCGUCGGAAGCACGCCUCGAUCAGGCUCCCCCGUCCCUUUAACUGCGCCCAAAAAAGUUGUUUUCGACUUGCUGCAGGGUCAACAGCAACCCGAGCGGGAGAACAAGACACGCAAACCCGCCAUAGUUUUGCCUCCACCGCCUGGGUCGGUGUCAGCCGCAAACGACGACCCCACUGAUGCUGCGACAAAGCCUGCGGUCAAGGACAAGUUCGAACGACCAAUCAAGGAAAAAGUGGUAGAGAGGGAGGUGAAGCCACCGAGUUUGCCCAGCCUUUCCGGCAAUCGUGGCUUGCGGCGAGAUCGCGCUCCGGAUUCAGAGGUGGACAAGCCCAAGAGUGAAGAAAUGGGAUACGUCAAGACAAUGGCGAAGCCGCCCAAAGUCGUCGAGUUCCCCCCAAGGCCUGUAGCUACGAGCAGCGCGACAAGAGCUAGCAUGGAUGGGCCGACACCAACACCGACGCCGAUCCACACCGUCUCGUUCGGUUCGAGGAAGGCUACGGAUGAGCCUGGCACAGCGUCCAUUUCCGAGAUCCUCGACGAAGCCGACGAAGAUGAGGGUCAGAUCGACGAUGAGGACGAGGAUGAUCUCCCGCGUCAACCCUCGUUGGCUUCGUCCCACGACUCUGAUUCGUCCUCGUCCGGUUUCUACGGUUCGGACGAUGACGACGACGACUUUGACGUCGACAUCGACGCCGCGUUGCACCAGCGCGAGAUCGCACUGGCGUACCACGAGCGACGCCAAGGGUUGGGAGCUGGGGCGGGGACGGGUCCCCUUGGUGGGGAUCGAGAUGCGGCGAGCUACGACGCAUGGCAGCAAGAGACCGUACCCGUCGAAGCGACGAUGCAAGGACGUCAGGCUGGUGGAGGUGGGGUCAGCGGGUCAAGGUUCAGAAACGGUCGAUUGGAAGCGACAAGAAUGAUCAUCCCUGAUUUGUUGGCCAAGUCGAUUCAUCCUGAUCGAAGCAAGGACGACAGCGAAGGCGACGACGACGGCAUGACGGCUGAGGAAAGGGAAAGGGUGCGGAUCGCGUUGGAGAAACUCGCCAAGGGGGAGAGUUUGGACACAUUCGCGCAGAAAGAACUCGCUCGAGAGGACAAGGUCGCGCCCAAAGUCGAAGCACUCAGUAACGUGGUCGAGCGGGCGCCCCCUCGGGUUAACCCCGUCAUGGGCCAUUCGAUGCCAGCUGCUGUAACGCCGAAAGCGCCGACGCUGCCCCACGAGAAACCCAAAAAGAUGUCGAGGUGAGCAACACACGACCUUUUGGCUCUUACAUUUUUCUUCUUGUCUGACACCCGAAUGUCCCCCGGUGCAGAUUCAAGGCGCGACAGCUCGGGCUCGAGGUUGAAGAGUGAGUAUGUUCACCACCUGGGCGCGAAGUGUGAGAUCAGGGGAUGGAUCAUGUCGUUUUGGAAUAAAAUGAUAUAUCAGGCCUUGAUGGCUUGAAACAGACGCGCGGAUAUCGUUAUAUGGAACACUGGAAAAAAGCUUCGUGGACAGAGCAAAGGCGACGAAGGGUUGA